AUGAAAGGAGGCUGGGCCAAGUCCUAUGGAGGCAGCGCAGGAGCGGAAGGUUCAGGGGGAAGGGGCGGGGAUGGCGAUGGGGGAGAGGAAGAAGGCGCGGAGGGGAGAGGGGGGGACGGUGCGGUGCGGGGGGAUGCGGGCAGUGACUCCGAGGAGGAGCCGGAGUGCCGUGUUUGUAGAGGGGACGACGAGGGGGGGGCGCGUCCUUUGGUUCACCCUUGCCGCUGCCGUGGGAGCAUCAAGUACGUCCAUCAGGACUGCCUGGUCGAGUGGCUCCGAUCACGCGGGGGGGGCGGCGGGGCCGCUCGGGGUGGCGGCGGAGCAGAAGGCGGGGCGGGCGGGGUGCCUGACGACGCAAGCGCGCUGCAGGCCCAGCGGUGUGAGCUGUGCCGAGAGAAGCUGGUGUUCAAGGCGAGGUACCGCCCGGGCGCGCCGGCCAAGCUGGGCAUUUAUCAGUUCGUUCGCGGUGCCGUGCGAAGAGCGACCCCGCGUCUCCUUGACGCUUUCAGGGGAGCGCUGAACAUGCAGAUGUGGGGCCUGGCCAUCCCGGUCCUCUACUGCCUCUUGUUCCGCCUCGGGAUCGGCCUGAGCCUCCUCCUAGCCCAGGAAUUUUCCGCGAUUUUUCUGGGGGCGGGCGGCGGUGGGCCACCUUCGGCGGUCGCGGGGGGGGGGCGGGGGGUGAGCCUCCCCGGGCUAGAGAGGGUUGGGUGGGGCAGCUGGAUGGACAUUCUGGGGGACUGGUGCGGGGGCGUCGGCCUCAUGAUCGGCGUGAUGUGCUUGGGGCCGCCCUGCGUGGAGCUUGCUCUGGAGUUCGUUAACCUUGUCAAGGCGCUGCCUGUCGUGCUGGAGCGGUGGUGGUUGGGGGACGAGGACGAACUGCGAGUGGCGGGGGGGCCGCGGAACGAACAAGACCCCCCCGACGAUAUCCUCGUGGAGGUUAUGCUGGACCGUGUCCGCGACAGAGCCCUCCACGCCGCUGCCGCCGCCCACGAUGCAGCGGCUGCCGCCCACGGUGCAGCGGCCGCCGCCCGCGAUGCAGCAGCGGCUGCCACGCUGCCGCUUCCAGCUGGCAGGGCAGCGGCCGUCCCGCCAAUCGGCGAGGAAGGAGGGGAAGCGGCCGCACCUGCUGCGGCUGGCGGUGAGGUCGAAGCGUCGGGGGUACCCAGCGUUGGCGGCGGCGGCGGCGAUGUUGGUGAUUAUGACGGUAGGGCGGUGGCCGCGGCGGCGGAGGUUCCAAUUCCUCCAGAGCGAGGCGUUAUGGACGGAGAGCCGCCGGUUGUUGGCAGGGGCACAGGGGGGCCCGUAGACGGCAACAACGGCGGCGGCGGCGGCGGCGGCGGCGGCGGGGGCGGCGGCGCGGAAUUGCCUAGAGAUGGAGGAGGAGCGGCGGCCGGGGGUGGGGAGGAGGAUAACGCUGUCCCCGCUGGCGUGGGCGGCAACGGGGCACCGCAGGCGGGAGAGCAUGGAGUCGGUGUUGCUGUUCCCCCGGUAGGGGACGGUGGCGAAGGUCGCGUCCUUGCCGUUGGUGGCGGGGGGGUCGCCGCUGGGAUUCAGGGCGCCGGUGGGGGGGAGGGGGAGGGGGGGGUGCACGUGGUGCUCGGGUUGCUGGGCAGGGUGGAGUGGUUCUUGGCAGGGGUGUUGGAACAGCUGGCGGCGCCGCCGAGGGACGAGGACGUUGACGGCGAGGCGUUGUUCUUGUGGGGUUGGCCUGCCGUGGGUGCCGCGGGAAGCUUUCUGGCGUUCAUGGCGCUUCUCCUUCUGUUCGCGCAGACAGUACCAUACGCGACGUUUCACGUGGCCAGUGGAGCAGUCAACCGGAGCCGCCCGCUUCCCCUGAGGCAGCAGCGAGACACCUCCUGGUCGCCUUACUCCUUCUUCUUCCGAGAUUCCUCAUCGCCGCCACCACCACCGCCGCCAUCGUCAUCGUCAUCAUCAUCAUCAUCAUCAUCUCCGGAGGGUCCGUUCUCCCCCGCACCCCUCAGGUCGACGCCUGACUGGAGCUCCGUUUUCCGGCCGUCUCCCGCCGCAGACGCCGCCCUGUUCGUCUUGGCGCGGCCUCCUCACGUGGAAACCCACGGCGGCGGCGGCGGCGGCGGCGGUGGCGGUGGUGGCUGGGGUGAGCGGGGUGGUUUGUUGCUGUUGCCGACGGCUUCUUCGAGGGCGUGGUGGUCGAUCUCGCCAUCUGGUCGCCUCGCGAGGGUCUCUUCUUCUGCUUGGGAGACCGCUGCUGCCGGCGUGUCUGCCGGUGCCGGACCUAGUGCUGUGGCCCCGGCAGCUGCGACAGCCAGCAGCUGCAACACCCAGCAGGGAUCCGCAAACAGCAGCAGCGGUAGCAGUGGAGUCGCAGGCGCCGCGGCUGGGGGGCGUAGGGGGGAGACCGAAGGCCGGAGGGGGGACGGUGCGGCGGCGGGCGGGGGAAGCGAGGGAAGGGAGGAGUGGUACGCGAUGACGCUGUUGUUUCUGAGGGGGCCGGUGAUCCCCGGCACGUCUGGGCUGCGAGCAGGCGCGGUGAUCUGGCAAACCGUCCAGGGGCACUGCAUCCUCGCCUUGACGCUGCUGCUGCUGCUGGCCCUCUACUCGGUCGUCCGGCUCCGCUUCGUGGUCCUGGCCCGACACCUCGAGGUCGCCGCCACCGCCGGCAACAACGGCGGCGUCGACAGCGGCUUGGCCACGGGAGGGAACGGCGUUCGCGGUCAGAGAGAGAUGGGGGCCGGCGCGGGCGAUCCUAACAACGACGCCGGUGGUGGUGUUGGCGACGAAGCCGCCGCCGCCGUCGCCGUCGCUAACGCGGGCAACGCCUUUAGGAGGGGACGCGAUGGAUUCAUCCCCGGGAUGGGUCCUAGGCUUGGCGGUGGAGGGCCAGGAGGGGGAGGGAGGCUGUGGAUGCGUGGCGGUGGCCCUGCAGCCGAGGCAAGGGCGGCCGGUGGCGGCGGUGGCGGGAUGCUAGAGAGGGACGGGCAGAUGGGCCUGGAUCUCAAGGUGCUUACGAUGGGCCUCCUUGAGUUGCUCGUGCUACCCCUCUGGGUGGGUGUCGCCGCCGACCUGUUCUCGCUGCCGCUCCUGGCGUCGACACUGGAGGCACGGGCAGCUUGGGCUCUGGCCAACCCUUUCUCCUCCCUCGCUCUUCACUGGGGGGCGGGUUCGAUGGCGGUGGGCGUGGUGAGCUGCCUUGGAAGAGAGAUCGGGCGCGCCCUCAAGCCAGACCUGCUCCCUCCCUGGGCGAACAGGCCGGCAGAGCAGGGGCUCGAGGAGGUGUUGGUGCGGAUGACAAACGAGAACUUCUUGGCUCAGCUGAGGAGUUUCUUGGUGUCGGUGGUAGCCUACCCGGCUGCUCUGGCCCUCAUGGUGAUGGUGCCAACGCAUUGCAAGGGUUUCUUGGCUCCCCGGCUGACCUCUAGGUUCCUGCCCGAGUUUUGGCUAUCCCCGAUGGUUCUCGGGAUUGGGGAGCCCACUCAGGGCGACAGGCUGGGAAUGGACCUGGUCAUCGUCCACUUCAUCCUCCCCGUGGUGAUGGAACACCUCAAGAUCAGGGGGCCCGUGAGAAGGGCGGCGUGCUGGGUGCUCUCGGCGGCCUGCGGCGCCACCGGCACGAGGGGGCUUCUCCUCCACCCCGCACUCGUAGCGGGACGAGGCGCCGCUGCCAACGAUCCCGACGACCUCGAUGACCUCGAGCUACCCCAGCCGCAAGCCCCGCCGCCGCCGCCGCCGCAGAUCCCGCCUCUUCCGGUGCUUGGCAACCCUCAGCCACCGGCCGGAGGGGGGGCACAGCAGCAGCAGGCAGGCGACGGCGAGUUGAACGACAACGAAGGGGGGGCCGCAGAUGAACGGGGGGUUGGGGAGGGUGGUGGUGGUGGUGGUGGUGGUGAUGCAUAUGGCGUAGGCGGAGAGGCGCCGAGAGCCGUCCGCGGAGAGGGUGGCGCGUUAGGGGAGGGUGGCGAGGGGAUCGGCAGAGUGGAGGAGGAGGGGGGUGAUGGGGGAGGAGUCGUCGGCGGGGGGGUCGAAAGAGAGGAGGAGGGGGGCGGUGGGGGGGCAGUUGCUCAGGAGCAGGAGGAGGAGGAGGAGGAAGGGGGAGAGGGAUACGAGAGAAGGGGAGCUUUUGCGCACGUUGUGGAGGCGAUGAGGGUUUAUGCCGCGGGGUCCCUGGUGUGCAUCGCCCUCGCGGUGGUGCCGGCGGCGACGGUUCUCCUUCCUCUUGUCACAGGACGAUCCCUCUUCGCGGCGAUGGGCCUGCCGCUAGACGACGACCUCCCUCCUCUCGUAGCCGGUGGACUGCUCUGCGCGGCGUGGGCUUGGGCUCUCUCGGCGCUGAUCCGGCUGCAAGUGGCUGCCGGACAGCACCGCCGCCUUUUGUGCAACGCCCUAAUGCUUGCAGGGAAGUGGUUCGUGAUCGGCGCCCUGCUGGUGGGCGCCUUGCCCGGCCUGACGGGGCUGUUGGUCCACGACGCCCUUCGAGGGCCUCUGCCCCCCACCGAAGAGACCGCGGCCCUCACGUGGGGCAAGAUCUGGGCGCUGGGCCUAGUCUGCGUCAAACUCUGGGCGAGGUGCGUGCUGGCGGGGGCGGUGAGGGACGAGGCGUGGCAAGGACGUCUUCGGCGCUUGAGAGAGAAUGGCUUCCGAGGAGUGGACUUCAAGUUCACCAUGCUAGAGGUGUGCUUCCCCCUCCUCGACGUCGUCGGGCAGUUCUACUUCUGGCCGCACCUCUUGAACCGCUUCGCUCUCCCCCUUCUGGUGGCCAACCAGCGGGACCUCCGUGUCAUCCAGAAGGGGAUGCCUUUUGUGUUCCUCCUGCUGAAGGCUCUUUGGUCGGCUGCGAUGUUCGUGGUGAACAAGAUGAAGGCUCUCCACGACCUGAUUCGCGACGAUGAGUAUCUGGUGGGCCUGGAGCUAGAGAACAUGCCCCCUCAGGGCCACGCCGACGACGCCACGACGUCAUAG